AUGUUACGAAGGUUUUCGGUAAUAUACUCGGCAGCACGAAUAUUACGAACACUAGAGCUACAGUCCAGUUUAUUUGUUCCAUAUAGUAGAGGAUUUUCAUGUUUGAGGCCUACGGAUAGUCAACAAAGUAAAGAUGAUAUUGCCAAUUGGAUGAAAAGUAGCCUCAAUGACCCAAUCCCCACACAUCAAGUCUCUUCUGCAGUGGAAACGCAAGAUUCGACUUCAAGUAAGCAUCUAUCUCACCAUCCUUUUGUUUUCAUAGUCUCACAGGAAGAUUACCGUCGUGAUUGGUUUUACAGGUUUAAUUCUGGUGAUCUUCGUGUGGUGGAAAAUGUUCUAACGUUGGCUAACGAAAAGAGUACCGUAUUUACAUUGGCACAGAUUGAAACACUUUUGAGGAGACUAAAGUAUCUGCGAAGAAAUUUCGAGGCUCAUGAAAUUUUUUGUGCUUACCAAGGUUAUCUACGACAUCUGCGAAAAAACGAUAUGGACCAGGAGGCCUACUGUAAUUUUUUAGAGAUUGUAUUAAGAGUGGAAGAUAGCCUGGGGAAUUACGAAAUAUGUGAAGAGCUUUUCUCAGAAUAUAUCAAAUUUCCGAAUUUAAACGCGAAGAUCAUUACUAUUGGGUUUAGGUCAUUUAUAGAGAAUAACAACUUACAGUUGGCUAAAGAAUUUUACAUUCAAGCACUCAACAAUCCCGAUACGUUCCCCCUAUCAGAAAAGGAGUUAAUAUUAUUUUUGAAUGACUUAGAUGUGCAUGGAGAUUACAAAUCUGUUCAAGCAUUUUUCAAUUUGUGGUUAAAAAAGAAGAGUAAUGAUGCAUCAGGAUAUCUUCCGAGUCGUGAAUUGCUAUGCGUGGUUCAUGGGAUGUAUAGGAAGAACCGCAACGAAGAACUUUUGGUAGAUUUCCUAUCGCAUGAAGCCGUUCAGAAGGCAGGUUAUCCCAGUGACAUAUUUUUUGAACUUAACGAAUUUUAUUAUAAUUUGCAUUGUCGUGAUAUUUGGUCACAAUCUAAACUUGAAUCCAAGAUAAAUUAUUUUAUCGUCGAGUUACGUUAUUGGAAGGAGAAAAGAGAGGAGUUUUAUUUAUUCUUAUUGAAUUUUUUCGUAUUGUCAAAAGAUUUUGGAAACAUAAAGUUUGUCCUAUCGCUCAUUCAAAAGGACCAUAUCAUUAGAUUGAAACCCAAAUUCCAUUUAGCCAUUGCCAGAUAUUUCGUCAAUGAAGGAAUGCUUCAAGAUCUAAUGGGCUACUAUUCGGACGUAUUAAAAAGAAGAGGUGCAGACAGUGUCCAUUUGAGAAUAAGUAUUAUUGCUCAAUUAUACAGAUGUGCUCUUUUUGCCCACCCAACAUUAUCCAAAGAGAUUGCCAAUGAAUUCACAGUUUUAUUAAACAGAGAUGAAUAUGUUCGUCAGUUUCCUCGCUUGAGGGAGUUCUUGAAAAGGUUAUCCAGGAUACGACCCAAAGGUAGGAAGACGGUGGCUCAAUAUACUGGAGUGUUGGAACUUUCUCCAGUGGAUUACGAAAGGCUGGAAAUUUUUGAAAAUCGUGUCAACCAUGGUGAUUUGGUAGGUGCCAAAUCAUUCAUUUUAGAAAAUUUGAGAAGAGGGAUUCAGCCAAGCUUCAAUUUACAUUAUUGCAUCUUACAAAAAAUUUUGAAACUCCAGUUGCCCACUUUGGCCAAAACUUUGGAUGAGUUGUUCCUGAGUGUGUACCAGAGAAAUCCAAUGAAAUUAAAGAUCUUGUGGUUGAGAUAUGGCAUUAUGAAUGAAUACAAUGCGUUUCAGACAAGUUCGGAGUCGAUUUCUUUGGCGAAGUAUAAAGUUUUAUCCUCCAAAUUGUUAGAUUUCGAAAGGCAUCAUCAAUCCGUGUUGGACUUCGUCAACUACAUGCAAUUGACACAGAUUUGUUUACAAAUCAGGGAAUACGAACUAGCCGUUGGAUUACUACAGAGGGGUGCAACGUUGAUUAAUGAAAAGGAUAAAAGACAUUGGCAGAUUUACUACAUGACGGCUUUGAAAUUAUCAGCACGAGUCUAUGACAUGGAGGCCUUCUCAAAACUACUUCAAGAGUGGAAUGAGAAUUCUAGUGCCUCAUGGAUUGCACAUAGUAGUCUGCGGCAAAUCAAAUCUUACAUAAAAUUGUUUGCCAAGAGGAGCAACCGUAUUCCUAAUUAUGAUGAAAAUACCAUGCAAGAAAUAGUUGAUGCCUGUGAGAGCCUGGUGCACAAGUACGCCAAUUUGAAAUUUGAAGGGUUAGAUGCUAUGCAUGAUUUGAUGAAUUUUCUAAAGGGCUGGCUAGAUAUAGAGAUGCAGAGUCAGCAAAAACUGUUAAGUGAUAGACAAGCUAUUCUUUUGACUAAAUUUUCCAAAGAACAGAGUACGAUAGACAAUAGCAUAAAAUAA